AUGCCGCGCGCCAAAUACAGCGCCUUCAUCGAGCUGUCCGAUUCGGAGGACGCAUACGACUUCCCGCCGCCGACGUCGUCCCAGUCUUCCGCCGUCAUCGACAUUCCCGACAGCGACGACGACGACGACGAGCCCGCGUGGCCAGCUUCGUCGCAGGCAUCGAGUGUGCCACUUGACAUUGAGGACAGCGACGACGAGCUGCCGCCCGCGGCUGCGAUGGCGUCGGCCGCACUCGCCAAAGCCCGCGCCAAGGGCAAGCGGAAACGUGACGCUGACUAUGACGACGAGAGCGAAAGUUCGGAGCAUGAACUGGAAGCGUCCCCGCCAAAGACGAGGAAGACGCGGGCUGAGCCAGCAUCGCGUUCCGCACAAAAGGAACUGAAAGCGCAGGAGAAACAGCGCGAGAAGGAGCUCAAAGCUGCGCAGCGGGCCGCCGACAAGCAUGCAAAGGCUAAUCUCAAGGCUGCAGCUCAGCAGCAAAAAAAGACUUACAAGGACGCGAACAAGCUCGUCAGCGACAAAAGGAAGACGCUCAAGGACAUGGAGAUCGUGUUCCCCGCCGUCUUUGCAGAGGCAGACAAACGGGCGCUGUUCACCGAGUUCAAGAAGCGCGUGGACGGGUACGAAAUGGUGGUCUCCCUCGCCAAUAGCCGGGAGGUCCGCGGGCUAGACGUGUUUACUUGGAACCGCACGAAGCGGGCAGAGUACGAUGUGGCGGCAAGAGAGUGGAUGCCGGUGGAGGAGUAUGUUGCGAGAGAGGGCACGGUCGCGGUCUACAUCGAGGCGGCCAAGCUCAUGGAGAUGUUGCGCGCGAAGCAGGGGUCCAGCACGGCCCUGCAGCUGAGGACGGUGUUUAAAGAUUCGCGGCUUCAGAUUUUCUUCGUCGUCUAUGGGAUGAAGGCUUUUGUCGGGAGGGGCGUGACACAGGCUGUGCGCAUCAAAGACGAAGUCGAAUGCGCGGUCGCGUCGUUUCAAAUGGCAGAGGGCGUGCAUUUUGUCUAUGUCGAGACCGUCGCGGAGGCUGUCGAGCGGCUGUAUGAUUUGAGCGCUGACUUGGGGAUCAAGCCACACAAACUGAUUGAGCGGUCGCAUCUGCGGUUCUGCUCGAACACGGACCAGCGCUCGGGAAAGUCGCCAAUGGAUACGUGGCGGCUGAUGAUCGAGCAGGUCCAUCGGAUGACCGAGUCUGGCGCGGAGGGCAUCGUUGAGCAGUUCCCCACCCCACGGUCGCUGUUUGAGGCGUAUGAACGCGCGGCCAACCAACCGGCGCGGGAUAACAUGGUUGCGGACUGCGCGGUCGAGCGGCGCAAGGACGGCCAGCAGCGGGUGAGGAAUAACCGCAUUGGGAAUGCGCUGUCUUCUGUGGUGGGGACGGUGUUGUGGGAUCGCGACCCGCUUACGCUGGUCAAUAAGGCGAAUCCUUAA